ACAUCUGCCUGGAGAGCGCAGUUCUGCGUUCGGCAGUUAACUCCGUGAAGAGGCAGCCCGACGCACUCGGACCAAAGCGGCGCAUAAAGCCAGCUAGCGCUAGCAGCGGACUGUUGAACGCACGGCAGCACAGCGGGACGCUCCGACAAGGGGAGGAAGGUGCAUUAAAGCCUUCAGUGUCUUCACCUCCAGGACGCGCGCACGUUUCGACUCGGUUCUGUCACAGCUCAGCCGAAACGCGUACAUUUCGGAGUCCACAUCCCACCCAUGAUCACGGUGCUGCCAAGGACAGGCCGGGACCAGGACGACAGAGUGACAGACAGCCGGACGGACAGACGGAAGGCAUGGCCUCCAUCGCAGACUACUACGCCGGGAAGAACGUGCUCAUCACCGGGGCGACGGGGUUCAUGGGAAAGGUGCUGGUGGAGAAGCUGCUCCGCUCCUGCCCCGACGUCAACGCCCUCUACAUCCUGGUGAGGCCCAAGGCCGGCCAAUCGAUGCAAGAGCGGGUCACGGACAUGAUGAAGUGCAAGCUGUUCGACCGCGUGCGGGAGGAGAACCCAGACUUCCACCGGAAGAUCGUGCCCAUCAGCAGUGAGCUGAUGCAGCCCGGCCUGGCCAUCAGCCCCGAGGACGUGGAGAGGCUAACCGCCUGCAUCAACGUCGUCUUCCACUGCGCCGCCACCAUCCGCUUCGACGAGCCGCUUAAACAUGCCCUGCAGCUGAACGUGAUCGCCACACAGCAGCUCCUGAGUCUGGCGCGGCAGAUGGGCAACCUGGAAGCCUUCGUCCACGUCUCCACCGCCUACGCCAACUGCAACCGCCGGCACAUCGACGAGGUCAUCUACCCCCCGCCUGUGGAGCCCAAGAAGCUCAUCGACUCGCUCGAGUGGAUGGAUGACGGCAUCGUGCGUGACAUCACGCCGCGCCUCAUCGGGGACCGGCCAAACACCUACACCUACACCAAAGCGCUGGCUGAGUACGUGGUGCAGCAGGAGAGCAGCAAGCUCAACAUCGGCAUCAUCCGGCCGUCCAUCGUAGGAGCCAGCUGGCAGGAGCCCUUCCCUGGCUGGAUCGACAACUUCAAUGGACCAAGUGGAGUCUUCAUUGCUGCGGGAAAGGGGAUUCUGCGCACCAUGAGGGCCAAUAACGACGCGGUGGCCGACCUCAUCCCCGUGGACGUGGUCAUCAAUCUCACCCUGGCCGUGGGCUGGUACACAGCUGUGCACAGACCGAAAUCGGCGCUGGUGUACAACUGCACAACAGGUGGCAUUAACCCCUUCCACUGGGGUGAGAUCGAGCACCAUGUGAUGUCCACCUUCAAGAGGAACCCCCUGGAGCAGGCCUUCCGCCGGCCCAACGCCAACAUCACUUCCAACUACCUGAUCAACCAGUACUGGAUCCUGGUCAGCCACAAGUUUCCUGCCCUGAUCUACGACCUCUACCUGCGACUGUCUGGACAGAAGCCACAGAUGAUGCGGAUCUUUAACAGGCUGCACAAGGCCAUCAGGCUGCUGGAGUACUUCAGCAGCCAGGACUGGGAGUGGAGCUCGGAGAACGUGAACAUGCUGAUGGGCCAGCUAAGCGCUGAGGACAGGAAGAAAUUCAACUUUGACGUUCGUCAGCUGAACUGGCCGGAGUACAUAGAGAACUACUGCAUCGGGACCAAAAAAUACGUUCUGAACGAGGACAUGUCGGACAUCCCUGCUGCCAGGCAGCACCUGAAGAAGCUGAGGAACAUCCGCUACACCUUCAACACCCUCCUGCUGGUCUUCAUCUGGCGGGUCUUCAUCGCCCGCUCGCAGAUGGCCCGCAACAUCUGGUACUUCGUGGUGAGCCUCUGCUUCAAGUUCCUGUCCUACUUCAGAGCGUCCAGCACCCUGACUGCCUGAAAGGGGGGAGGGGGGGGGACGCCGCUCCGCUCCUCCCUGUCCUGCCUCUGUCCCAAACCAGGGAUUCCCCCCCUCCCCCCCUCCACCCGUCCA